AUGGGUCUCGCCAGGCAAGGCUCCGUCAAGGUAGCGAACGUAAACGUUCCUCAGCGUCUGCUGUCUACCAGGAGGAACCCGAACGCUACCCGAUGGCAACCCCGUGAUGAGGGACAAGAAGUUAUUGCACAGAACGGACCGGUUCAAGACGCUAUCCGCGAGGAACGAAGACUUUCCUUGGUGUAUGAUGAGCCCAGAGGCCGAAGGCCUUCACUCGGCGCGGCAAAUGGCGGGUAUGGGCAUCGAAGACUCAGUGACCCAGUCACCAAGAGGGAGACGUCUUCCUUAAGGUCAUCUCGCCUCACCACACUGGAAGAUAUCGAAGCUUCCCGACCUACUUCUAGAGGAGACACAACAUCACAAGCCUUCCCUACCCUUGACGAGUCCCUGCACACGUUCAGGUUCGACCACGACGGUUCAAGCUACAACCACUGGGAGAAGAGUGGCAGGUCAUCUGCCCAGUCGACAACAUGGUCCGAGGCUCCGGAAACCCGCCCUCAGCGUUCGGGUACGGUCAAGGCCAUGGUCCAGAAGGUCAUUCCCGAUGCUGUUCUGCAACGAGGUCGCAGUGUCGCCCAGAGAGUGAGGCGAAGCAGUAUACACGAAGUAUACGAGAAGGCCAAGCUGAGGGGAAAGGAACUCGAGCGGAAACCCUGGGCCCAAACCCUUUUCGAGAUCACUUUCUACACGUUGCUGCUCUGCUUCAUCUACUUCGUGCUUAUUGGUGUACCCCUGUGGAACGGUGCCGUAUGGUGGCUCUAUUAUGCUGUUCAGACCAAGUUCGUCCUUCAGGGAGGUUGGGCUAUUACCAUCGGCAUUGCAGUCUUCUAUGCUUUCGGACCACUCUUAUGCCUGUUCGAGGACGAGCCUCCCCAGGUUGGUGAACGGCCUGCUGACUUUGACCGUACCACUAUCCCGGGAGUUCAUAACACGGCUUUACUGGUUCCUUGCUACAAGUCGGAGAACAUCAUUGGCCCUACUCUGGAAGCUGCUCUCAAGAUCUUCCCGCCAUCCCACAUCUUCGUUAUUGCUAAUGGUAACUCGGAAACCCCUCUUGACGAUACUGAGGGCGUCUGUCGCAAGUACGGUGUACAGCACGUUUGGUCAUCUGUUGGCUCCAAAAUCGUGGCCCAAUACGUUGGAUGCUACAAGGCUAAGCGUUUCGAAAAUGUGCUUCUGAUUGAUGACGAUUGCGCACUGCCACCGAACUUCCCCAUCGUCAGCGAGCAACUCACCGGAAAAGUAAAGAGUAUUGGUUACACUAUCAAGAGUGUCGGUCCCAACUCGUCCAAGGGAACGUGGUGCCAACAGGCGCAGGAUCUCGAAUACAAGCUCUCAGGAUUGCAAAGAUUGCUCGCUGGCAAGAUGGGAAGUGCCACUUUCCCCCACGGUGCUAUCUCUCUCUGGAACCGCAAGUUUCUCAUCAGCAUCUUCAACGACCACCCCGGAUAUUCGGUCUCGGAGGAUUGGUUCUUCGGUGACAGUUGCCGUCGUCUUGGUGGUAGAAUCACUAUGUGCUCCGCGGUCUUUGUCGAGACGGAAACUCCCGAUGCGAUCUUCUUCAGCAGCGGUGGCAGUCGUGGCGGCUUUGGAGAGAUGACAGUCUUUAAGCAACGCUUCAUGCGCUGGAACUUCUUUUUCGUCAACGGAAUCUAUUACAACAUGAAGUACAUUAUCAAGAGCUGGCGACUGGGCUGGUGGGAAUUCGGCGCCAAGCUCUUUGUUUUCCAGGAGGUUUACGAGACGCUUCUCUACCUGUUCACGCCAUUCGUUCUACCCAUUUCAUUCUAUGUGCGACCUGACUUCUGCGGAUAUAUGCUCCUUGCCACAAUCGGCAUGUAUCUGCUCAACACGCUCAUUUUCAACGAGGUCCACCUGCGCAGACGGAACGAGCGUAUCAGCUGGACCGUUGUUCUAGUAUACUACAUGCCGUACAAGCUCAUCUUGACCCUUGUUAACGUGGCAAGUUGCUACUGGUCCCUUUACAAAUACGCAAAAUACUUCGCAAAGCGCCACCCCAAGAUCAUCGAAGAUGAAAAGGCUGUCGAGGUGGCUAUGCGGAUAGACGAGGAAACUUACAUCGACGAGAAAGGCGAUCGCGCUCAUCUCACCAAGUCCUUUACAACGGCCUCGAGCAGGAGCAGCGAUUACGAUCAGGACACGAAAGCCACUGAGCUGGGUCACAUGCGGCCGAAUAGGCUGAGCUUCAUUGCGGGAGAGGUCGACUCGAUACCACCUUCUCCCACUUGGCCACAACCGACAUAUUCGCCCUCGCCAUACUCGCCCCAGACAUUUCCUGGCCAAGCCUAUCCAGUUCAACCACAAUCCGCCCCUCUGGGUGUGCAUUCUACCGACUUUGGUGCUUCCCCCAACUUGCAACGAUCCAACACGCGUCGCAGUUACGACCGGGUAUUGUCCUACUACAUCGUGGAGAGGGAAGAUGGGCGGAAGAAGGACAGCUGGGCUGAAAGCCCUGUCUAG